AUGAUACCGGUCGCAAACUUAGAAACGGAACGUGACUUCAACUUUCCGUUUACCCCGUGGAGUAUCCAGAAGGACUUUAUGAACCACCUCUAUGACGGUCUACAGAAUGGGAAAGUGCUUGUCAUGGAGAGUCCCACAGGCACAGGAAAGUCGCUAUCGCUUAUUUGCGGAAGCCUAAAGUGGCUAAAGGACCACGAGGAACGCACCGAGAAAGAGCGGAUGCAGGAAAUAGAGGACGAAAGGGCUGCUUUGGGUGCACCGCUUGCAGAUGAGCCAUCAUGGGUGCUGGACUUCGCUAAAGAGGAAGUAGCGAAAGAUGUGCAAGAUAUCAUCGCAAAGAAGAGGAAGCGCGAAGAAAGAUUGGCAGAGAUUCGAAGGCGUGCUCUGAGUGGGGAGGAGGACGACAAGGCGAAACAUCGCUUCAAACGGCCAAAAACAGCUGGCGCGCAAAAAGACUCCCAGGACGACGAAGAUCGUUUGAUUGUAGACUACGACAGUGAGACCGAGAUCUCAAAGCCCAAAGCUUCCUUCCUAGAUGGCCCAGAAGACCCCACAGAAGACGACCUCGAUCUCCCCGACGAAACAAAGAUCAUCUACUGCAGUCGUACCCACUCGCAAAUCUCUCAAUUCGUAAAAGAACUGCGGCGUUCGGCAUAUAGCAGCACGACCAAAUCAGUAUCCCUGGGGUCGAGACAAGGAAUGUGUAUAAACGAGAGUGUGAGGAAACUGGGAUCGCUGCCGAAGAUGAAUGAUCGAUGUUUGGACCUUAUGAAAGCAUCAACGAAGGAGGAGGGCGGGUGCGAGUAUCUAGCGAAAGACCCAGCGACACGCGUGCAAUUCACCGACCAGCUGCAUGCCGCGAUCCGCGACAUUGAGGAUAUGGUCGACCUGGGCAAACGAUUACAUACCUGUCCGUACUAUGCCGCUAGGGAUGCUGUUCGGCCAUCACAGGUUCUCACCCUGCCAUACAACCUUCUUCUGCAAGCAUCGGCGCGUGAGUCAUUGGGCAUCGAUGUCAAGGGCAAAGUCGUUAUCAUUGACGAGGCACAUAAUCUCAUUGAUACGAUCACGUCCAUCUACUCCGUGUCUCUGACCCUGCAAGAUCUAGAACGCGCGGCACGUCAAUUGCAAGGAUACCUGCAACGCUACAAGAAACGGUUGAAAGGUUGUAAUCUGGCAUACAUCCGGCAAUUGAAUGUCAUCAUCGGGGCGUUGAAGAAGCCGUUGACAAAGCCGGUUGCGAAAGCCAAAGAUGACCGAUCAGUCGUCAUGGUGAAUGAUUUCGUUCAUAUGCUGAGCAUUGAUCACAUCAACCUUUUCAAGAUCGGACAUUAUCUGGCGGAGAGUCGGCUUGGACAGAAGCUACAAGGGUUCGCCGAAAAGUUCGACAUGAAGGGGAUGGACGAAGGCGAAUCAGAAGUAUACGUACCCAAGCACAUGUCAACGAUACAGAACGUAUCCACGUUCCUCAUGAGCUUGACGAAUGCGGAUCUGGAGGGGCGAAUCAUGCUUUCUGUUACCGAUGAUCCGGCAACAUCAAUGAUGAAAUACCUCCUGCUGAAUCCGGCCAACGCCUUUCGGCGGAUCGUGGAAGAAGCGAGGGCGGUGGUUCUGGCAGGGGGGACAAUGGCGCCGAUUCCGCAACUGGUCGAUGAAUUGUUCCUAUAUGUCCCAAAAGACCGCCUUUCGCCUUUCUCAUGUGGACACAUCAUCCCUGCAACGUCCAUCCUCAGCAUCGCGGCAGCCACUGGCCCGACCGGUCGUCCGUUUGAUGUUACGUUUGAACAUCGUAGCGAACCAAGUCUGAUGAAUGAGCUGGGAGCUGCGAUAGCCAACUUAUGUAAUGUAGUUCCCGGUGGCGUGGUCUGCUUCUUCGGAUCUUACGACUAUAUGGACAAGGUUAAUGGGCAUUGGGAGAAGGAAGGGCUUUUGAAGCGGAUAUGCGCCAAGAAACAGGUCUUCAAGGAACCCAAGCAAUCCUCGAUGGUUGAACCAACCCUACGGGAGUAUGCAACCUGCAUUGAAGGAGGGCGCAAGCCGGGGGCGAAGCAGACCGGCGGAAUCUUGUUCGCCGUUGUUGGAGGGAAGAUGAGUGAGGGAAUCAAAUUGGUGAUAGUGGUCGGCUUGCCCUUCCCUAAUCCGAAUUCCCUUGAGCUCCAAGAAAAGCUGAAGUACAUGAAAUCACGAGCGUCGACCGCAGCAUCUUCGAAAGAGGAUGUCGUGAGCGACUACUAUGAGAACAUCUGCAUGAAGGCUGUCAACCAGUCCAUCGGGCGAGCCAUUCGACACAAAGACGACUACGCCGCCAUCGUCCUUCUCGAUCGCAGGUAUCAGCAGCGCCGCAUCAAGAGCAAACUGCCAGCGUGGAUCAGAGACGCGGGAGUGAUGGAGCAUAAUGGAUUUGGAAUGGUUGUCGGUGCGGUCGCCAAUUUCUUUCGAAACAAGCGAACCCCGCCGAACCCGCAUUGA